AGGCUACGAUAGACUACGACGAGACGGCUCUGUGGUACCUGAUCCUGAAGCACCCAGGCGGCGCGCUUGCAUCUUUGCACAAGCCGUAAAUGUCCCUAGCGCAGCAAGUGUGUUUGACUAAGCCUAGAUGCUAGUUUCGCCUUGUCUACCGUUUAGCACCAGCCGAAGCAACAGAUGGCUGCGAGCUUCGCCUUCUGGAGGCACGUAUGAAGGACAGCGCGGAUUCUUUGAGGACUUCAUCUCAACUCGAAGCCGUCAUUGGGAGCACAGGCCGCUUACGUGGACGGGAAUACAUCCGAACUCGUACCUUCAGCCGGUCAUGAGGCACACUCUCCCGGCACGAUCCUCACACGACACGGUUGUCGUAUGAAAAUGUGCUCAGCAAACAGCUACACCGCGCUUCGGGAUAGUCUACACUCUCGCGUACUUUGUCCAGUCGUGGCAUAUCCAGUUAGACAGCCGAGGCAAGUCUCGAAAUGACCGUUUAAUUGGCUGAAUCCGUCGUAGAGUGGCGUAUGCGAUGCUUUGGUGACGACGCUGCAAUGCUUGUUGCAUGCACGUCUGACGUUGCUGUUCGCACCCGCCUGAUCACACACGCAUCGUAGCUAUGUGUAGAGAUGAAGCAACAAAUCAGGCGAACGAUACUUGUGUAAUUCUCGU